UAUUAUUACGUCCACAUCAUUUCAUUUUAUCAAAACCGGUUUAAGAGGUCUGUGACAUUGGAAGACAUUUAACCUUUAUUCCACAUUUGUGUACUAAGAUGCCGUUUAAGCAAGUGUUUUGUUUUUGUGUCUUGCUUUUGGUCGUACAAGGAGAGGAAAGCAGUGAUUUUAUACCGGUUGACCUGAGUAGUAACCAAAACAAUCUACAAUGGGACAUAAAAAUAGUGAAUAACUGCAGACAAAAUCUGAAUGAACCCAUCUCCAAGUUUUCUCCAGAGAACUAUAUAUAUGAAAAAAUUGAAGCCAAUGAUAAUGACUUUAUUGUAUGUUUGUUCCAAAAAAGCGGUAUAUUUAAUUCAGAAGGAAAGUUGGUAGCGGAGAAAAUUGCAAAGGUCUUUGUAAUUGAUCAAACCAACGCGGAAGACAUUGCCAAAAAGUGUAAUCUACCAAGAGGAUCCAAACUCGCAGAUCAAGCUUUAAACUUCAUGAGAUGUGCUUCUCUAUAAUGAUUUUUUUAGAUAUCAAUAAAUUCAAUAAAUUUUUCCUUUAUUA